CCAGUGUUCACGGCACCCACAAACCCUACCCUAUAAACCAAAUUCGCAAUCCCGUGUUAUCUACACUUCCCUUCCCAUUCCUUUCAAUUUGGAGAGGAAUUCAUUUGAAUUAGGGUUUCUCUUUUCCUUUGUUUCAUUAUGGACGCUCAGAGGGCUUUACUCGACGAACUCAUGGGUGCAGCGCGCAACUUGACGGAGGAAGAGAGAAAGGGGUACAAGGAAGUGAGUUGGGACGAUAAGGAAGUGUGUGGAUUCUACAUGGUGCGCUUUUGCCCUCACGAUCUCUUCGUCAACACGCGCAGUGAUCUCGGACCUUGCCCGAGAAUACAUGACCCGAAGUUGAAAGAAAGUUUCGACAAAUCUCCAAGACACGAUGCAUAUGUACCGAAAUUUGAAGCUGAACUUUCUCAAUUUUGUGAGAAAUUGGUGAUGGACUUGGACAGAAGAGUAAGACGUGGGCGAGAACGUCUUGCUCAAGAGGUAGAGCCAGCACCACCACCACCGCUGACAGCUGAAAAAUCUGAGCAGCUAUCUGUGCUGGAGGAGAAAAUAAAGAACCUUCUGGAACAAGUUGAAUCUCUUGGCGAAGCAGGGAAGGUUGAUGAAGCUGAAGCUCUUAUGAGAAAGGUGGAGACACUUAAUGCUGAGAAGACAGCCUUAACGCAACCUCAAAAUGAUAAGCUGUUGAUGCUUGGUCAGGAGAAGAAGAUGGCACUCUGUGAAAUAUGUGGUUCUUUUCUUGUGGCAAAUGAUGCUGCAGAAAGGACUCAGUCUCAUGUCACAGGAAAGCAGCAUGUUGGUUAUGGAAUGGUUCGCGACUUCAUAAAUGAGUUUAAGACUGCUAAGGAGAAAGCUAAUGAAGAGGAAAGAUUAGCUCGGGAAAGAGAGGUGGAAGAACGGAGGAAACAGAGGGAGAAGGAGUCUGAGAGGAGACGAAGUGAUUCAAGUGAUAGGGAUAGGCAUCGUGAUAAAGAUCACAAUAGGGAGAGGGAUAGGUAUAGAGAUAGAGACUCAGAUCGUGAAAGGUCUCGGGAGCAUGAUGUUAGAGGUUAUCGAGAUGGGGGAAGGGGGAUGGAUUAUAGGGUGAGAAAUGGAGGUAGAGACAGGUACCGUGAUCGGAGCAGGUCACGCUCCCCUGUUAAGCAUAGCCACAGAAGGUCUUCUUGAAGUCCAAUUUGCUCAAAUUAGUGGAAUUUCUUGAUAGAUGUCAGAAUUUUAUUAAAAAAAAGGUAGUAUUUAAUAUCCCAAGACUUACAUAAAUGUGCUUUUGGAGAGUUUUUUUGUCAUCAUCAAGGGUGAAUUUACUCUUUUCCCAUCUCAGAGCUUUGUUGAGACUAUACAAUCUCCCUUUCGUCAAUAUUAUUAAUGGAGAAAAGGGUUGAGGUAGGUAUUUCACUGUUGUAAUUUUUCUUAUGAUUUGUUUUGCACCUUGAUACAAGUGAUUUAUGACGAUUCAUCUCUGAAGCCUUGUGUGUAGUCUUUCUUUUCUCCCAUUUCUGGAAAUCAAUUGAUUGAUUUAAGAUGUCCGGCACAAAAUUACAUGAAUGAUUGUCAUUGCUGCUGAGGGGGAUGGUUUUCUCUUGUAUUGAGGUAACAUGUGAAUCUUAUACCCUAGACAAAUAGAUUGAUAUUUGUUUGUUCGGCAUACAAAUGUUUGUUUUGUUUCUCCUUUUCUUUUUUGUUUCAUUGCCUUUGUGUCUUAAGUUGACAUAAACCAACACAGGUUUAAAAAAAUGCUGCUUAUUCUGACAUGAAUUUGACAUUGAACUGCAUUCCGAAAGCACCGGUUUAGAGGAUAUAGGUAAACUUACUGAAUUUGUUGUCAGUUAUCUUCCAAAUCCAUGGCAUCAUAUCUGUUAUAUAUUUGGUGUGAUAUCAUCCGAUAUGAUCUUAUCCUGGUUAGAGAAUUAUUUUUUAUUCCCUAGUUUCCUGAAUCCUGAUGUCAUUCUUAACACGCUUUCUGAUGGGGAAAAAGAUUAGUAUGUUGUCCAGUAUAAGUAAGCAAUUGUUAACUGGUUUGGAUUUUGGAAUGGUAAUUAGAGAAUGGUGAAUCAUCCUCUAUAAAAGUAAUAUUUUAUUUACUGAGUGUUUGAAUAGAAAAUUGAAAGGACCGGCAAAUACAGGGAUGUAGUUGUCUUUGCCGGAUUUGAUCACUAGAAUUAUUGACAUUUGCAUGAAAAACUUUCGUUGAACUGGGUUGCAGAAUGUCUUCUUUCAUGAACAAACGUUCCUACCUUUAUUGUCUGGGUGAUUAGAGGUAAAUGUCUCAUCUGGAUAAAAGAGCAUUUAAUUUGGUGUUCAGGAACACAAAAUGUCUUUGUGAUCUUUGUUGGCUAGAUUGUUUCUGGAGGUGAUAUGUGCAGGAAAACAAUCGUCGCCUCUUGUUAUUAUAAGAAACGAGGCAAGAUGAAAAUUAAGCCUUUUCUUUUGAUAUCAGGAGAAAGCGUUGUGCUUUUAUUAUUCGAAAUGACAGUCAAAUACUUGAUGAACUAGGACUGCUGGUUAUACAUACUUUGAGCAUGCGAUCUUAAAGAUUGUAAUGAUUCUAGGAAAUAAAAUGAGCUACUUUUGGAGCUUUGCAUUUUUA